AUCCAUCCUCUUUUUCUCCCCCUCAAACUACGAAUAUUCUCUCACUAACUAUAAGUAGUGCUAUUCCAACCAUGGCCAUUUCAGGACUGACUUGCCAUUAAAUAAUAGUCUGCUAAAUGAAUGUAUAUGUGUUUUUUUUAAUCGAAAAUAAACAAUGGUUAUCAAUUAAAGGUAUGGUAGGUAGUUGUUCUGCAAAUGCCUGGUAAGUUUGGAGAUGUAAAUAUUGAAGAGCAGCGCUACAACUCAACAAAGCAAAUGGGCUCUUUAGCAUGACACAAGCAGCGCACCGAGUCCGCGGUGUUGCUCCCCCCAGCCCUCCUCUUCCUCCCCUCCCUCCUCCCUCCUCCUCCCCUGUGCUCUGCUUUUGAUCCAACAGAGACUUGGAGCUUUGACAUUCCACUCAUUCCAACCGGAGCGAACAAUCGAGCCUCAGUCAUUUAUUAGCGCUGCUCGCUGCUCUGCGGCUUCAGUCUGACGCUCCAGCGCUCCGAGAGCAGACCUGGUCCUCGUGGAUGUACAAGCGCUUGGAGAUUGUUACUAUUGUCACGGCGCACGCUCGACCUUUCGACUGUGAUGCGGCGUUAGCCAGCUCUUUACCAACAGAAAGGAGGAGCUUUCCUAGAAACAAAGUGUGCCAUUUGAAAUGAGAACCGCCGAAGAUUCAUCUGGAACGGUCCUGCACCGCCUCAUCCAGGAGCAGCUCCGCUUCGGGAACCUAACAGACACCCGUGCUCUACUGGCCAUCCAGCAGCAGGCCCUGCGUGGAGGCAGCAGCAGCAGCGGUGGUGGCGGCGCUGGAAGCCCACGCUCCUCGCUGGAAAGCUUGACUCAGGAGGAGAGUCAAUACAUCCACAUGUCGGCACGGCAGGAGCCGCAGGGCCAGGAGCACCAGGGCAGUGGCCUGCUCUCUGAGAGUCCAGUGUGUCACCUGUACCAGCUCCAUGGGGAGGAGCUGCCCACCUAUGAGGAGGCCAAAGCCCACUCACAGUACCUGCUCUCACAGAAGGGACACAAGCCGAGCAUGGACAUCAUGAGUGGCAGUGAGGGAGCGUGGGAUGGCAAGAGGGAACACGCUCGCUCUCUGAGUGAGAGACUCAUGCAGCUUUCUCUGGAGAGGAAUGGACCUGGAGAUAACCUGUCCCUGAGCUCGUCGCACAGCUACCCGCAGCUGUACCACCAUACGACAAACACACAGAGAUCCCAGGAUCUGCGCAGGCCUCCGCCGGAAUAUCCAGCCUGUCCACAGCUUCCUGGAUACAUGUACAGCCACUCGCAGGAGUAUGGACACUUCUACAGAGACCCGCCUCCUCCAUUUCACUCACACCAGCACAGGUAUGUGUCUGCUCAGUCGACGGCGGUUCACAGUAGCUCCCCAACACCCCUGAACAACAACUCGGUUCAGACUGAUACGUUGAUCCGGGAGAACGAGCGACUCAGGAAGGAGCUGGAAGUGUACACAGAGAAGGCUGUCCGACUCCAUAAGCUAGAGGCGGAGAUCCAGAGGAUAUCCGAGGCUUACGAGACCCUGAUGAAGGGCUCGUCCAAGAGGGAAGCUCUGGAGAAAACAAUGCGGAACAAGCUGGAGGCCGAAAUCAAGAGGAUGCACGACUUCAACCGAGACCUGAGAGAUCAGCUGGACACAGCUACCAAACAGCGAGUGGCCAAGGAGGCUCAGUGUUCCGACCAGAAGCAGCACGUUUUUCUCAAGCUCCUGGAGCAAAAUGAAGAGCAGCAAAAGGAGCGGGAACGAUUGGAAAGGCAGAUCCAGCAUCUGCGUGCGUCUGGGGAAGAGUGCCAGCAUAAACGAGAGAUGAUGGAGCAGGCCCUCGUGUCGGCGCAGGCUCGGAAUCGGCAACUGGAGGAGGAACUGCAACGAAAGAGGGCGUACGUGGAAAAGGUGGAGAGGCUCCAGAGCUCCCUGGCUCAGCUGCAGGCGGCAUGCGAGAAAAGGGAAACUCUGGAGCUGCGUCUGCGAAACCGACUGGAGCAGGAGCUGAAAAGUCUUCGAGCACAGCAGAAGCAGAAGUCUGACACCAGGGCUUCAGAGCAGAGCUCAACCAUUCUGCAUCAGCAGCUGAGGGAGCGGGAGGAGCAGGUCCUGGCCCUGGAAGCCGACAUCACCAAGUGGGAGCAGAAGUACCUGGAGGAGAGCACCAUGAGGCAGUUUGCCAUGGAUGCAGCCGCUACAGCUGCAGCUCAGAGGGAUACCACCAUCAUCAACAAUUCUCCCCGACACUCGCCACAUGGCAGCUUCAAUGAAGACCUGCCUUCACCCAGUCAGAGACAUCAAGAGAUGGAGAACAGGAUUCGGGCGCUGCACGCUCAACUCCUGGAAAAGGAUGCUGUGAUCAAGGUGCUCCAGCAGCGCACCAGGUGGGAGCAGAGCAAACCAGAGAAGGUGGGGAUGCGCCUCGCCAUGUCCGUCCCUUCCAUCAACACCAUGGCCCGCAGCACUGAGUGUAAAGGAAGGAGCCUCUCAAAUGACCGGACAGGUGUCGUCCCGCUGCCAGCGUAUUCCCCCGAGGGCCAGCGUCGUGACUCCAGCACCCAAAGUGAUGAGAUGCCACAGCAGCAGCCUGAGCCCUGCCAGCUAAAUACGCCGGAGGAAAUCCCUACCACCGAAGAGCCGAAGGCUCCGGGGAAGAUGCUGGAAGGCCACAGCAACACCGACGCAGAAGUGGUGGAAAUUCUCAUUUAAUCCAGAGGAAACCACCCUCCUGGCAUAAAAAUGGAUGAAUUGUGACAAGGGUGCGUGAAUGCACAGCUGCUGCCAGAUUUAAACUGUUUGAAUGUUACACACUUCAAAAUGCUCCAAGGUACGAGAGCAGCGUUCUGGAUGAUGAUGUAAUUUAUUUCAAUUUGUAAAUGCUGCUCCAUUUGUAAUGAGAGGCUCAGUGGCGAAGGAUCAUUUCAAAUGUCUCUCUCUUGUCAGAAACUGGUGCUUAAUGUGUGCGACGGAGCCUAACUUUUAAAUAGAUUUGAGCGCAGAGCUCGCAGCUCUGCUGAGGAUUUGGAAGCGUCUUCUGAAUGCAGAGCCUGCUACAUUCCCACUUAAAAAAAGCCUGUGAGGAUUGACAGUGUUCGGCGGUGGUCUGAUUUUCCAUAUCCCGGGUUAAUGUGGACGGAGGCUGCCGAGCAUGACUCUCCCCUCGUCUGACACGCUGGAGCUAAUCUUCUCACAUUCCUCACUGAGGGAAUGCUCCCGUUAAAGAAAAAGGCUAUCUAAAGUCUGACCCUCUCGCCCUUGUUAAGAUGACAUGCAUUCUCAACAUGAUUCCUUUUCUGGGCCUGCAGUUGUGACUUCUGAACGCCGGUAGCUGGGCCUACCGCAAGCAUAUAAAUGGACUGCAUUUGCCAUUCUAUAUAUUUCCUUACUGUAUUAGAUUCAGCUGCGUUUUCUGAACUCCUUCACGACGAAUGUUCUAUUUAUGAAUGAAGACGGUCCAGGAAUGUGUUUAACUGGAAGUGCUAGAAUUAGGAACGGAGGAUACUGUUGCAAUGCAUGUGUGAUACUGUUGGUUAGCUAGUUGUUGUGAUAGCAUGUGAAACGUGGUAUUUAUCGUGUUCUUCUCUUAUCAUUUCAAGUGCAUAUGCUGGUCAGUGCAUCGUGAUAUUAAGUUAAUUCAUUCUACUCAUUUGGAAUGUGUUCACAUGAAAGGCUAUGUGAAGUGAAAGAAGCUAAUAUAUUGUUUUUUUAUGUGGUUUUUUUUUUAUGAUGCCAAAGAUGUAAUCUAUGUAAGUUAUAAUCGCUGACUAAAGGUUCUCAGCUGGUUGACCCAUUUUAAUGUUGCUGUGUGUUUGUCUGGUAUGUAAACCCGAAUAUUCCACAAAACAGAUUAAAAUUCCUAAUAUAUACCUGA